AUGCCCCGUACCAUAUACACGGAGGACUCCAUGGCCGACCUCGCAAAGGACGCCAUGAAACUUUGGGACAAACUCGAGAAGGACUCGGGCUCGUCUCUCCGCUGGAUGAGCGGCUUGCUCAACUUUGGAGACAAGAACUUUGGUGGUGACAGCCCUGAAGGGACUCUAAUGGUAACGGCCAAGGAUAUCGAAGAGCGCUACCCCUUCAAAAAUCUGCCCCCUGAAUGGAUCGGUCUCUUCGCCCCCGACAACGGCGUCAUCAACGUCCAGCUUCUCUUGCGCAGCCUUCUCAGCCUAGCCAAAGAUUACGGCGCCGAGGCCAAACAGCACACCCGCGUCGAGCGCAUCAUUCCCUCCACCACCGACAAGACCAUCUGGGAGGUCCACGCCAUCCGUCACGACACUGACCCGGCACUUUUCAAAGCCAAGAUCGUCAUUGCCUCUGGCGCCUACGUCAACCACGUCCUACGACCCAGCUUCGGCAUCUCCCUCGAUCUCGACAUCUGGGAAAUGGUCGCCUCAUACUUCAACACCACCCCCGGACUCAACAGCACCAUCUUCCCUAGCAUGUGGUUCCAAUUCGCCCCCAACAAACACCGGCGAUCCCAGCUCUUCUACGGAUUCCCCACCGACCCCAGUGAACGUCUGACCAAUGUCGUGAACCCGGCUGACAUCCGGGACACGCAGGAGUUUAUCAAGAAGCACGUUAUCGGUGUUAAUACUACCGUACCGGCUUUUACGCUGAGCUGUUUGCAGACUAAUGUCUUUGACAAUAUGUUUGUACUUGAUUACCUGCCAAAGGAGUAUCUAGCAGGAGGAGCUGAAAAAAGCGUUGUGGUUUUCACCGCGGGUUGGGCCAUGAAGUUUGUUCCUUUGCUUGGCAAGGCGUUGGCUGAGAUGGCGCUGGAUAGGAAGUCAGACUAUGCGCGGAAGGAGUUUGAGAUUACGAGGAAGGAUAAGAAGGGAAAGGGGAUUAUCAAGCGGGUUGUUCGAGGGAAAAGAGGGGGUCAUUCGAGGAUGAUGGUGGAGCUGGAUGUUGAUGAUGAGGUGGAAGGAGAAAGCGCUUUUACUUAUGAGGAGCAGGCUUCGGGUCUUCGAUCAGGGGGUGUCAAAAUGUCGGUUAUAGGGAAUAUAUACGUGGAUUUGUCAAUGUCAGACUCCAAACAACCCAGGCCAUUUCAAGCACUCCGUUACCAUCCGUGA